GCCAGAAUCUUCAUUCUCAGUGCCGUGGUCGACCCAAGUGGACGUUUUCUCCGUGUCUGUUCCGUGAAAUUCGUGAAAACCCCCGUGAAUCCGAAUCGCGAUUUUGUGUGUAGGAAUUUUUCCUUCCAAGCUUUCCCCCGACAACCCACAACCACCCACCACUGUGAAAUUUUCCCCUCGUCAGAAGAAAACUGUGUGCGUGUGAGUUUGUCGUUUUGCUUCGGCGGAAUAUCAAUGAGAGGCCAUCGUCGCGAGUGCCACACCCGAGUGCCGCAGAGUUGAGCGCGUUGAUCCUUCUGCUUCUCCCCCUUGCUCCCCCAUCACCAAGUCCUGGAUCCUGGAACAGUGAGACCCCAAUCAGUGAAGAAGAAGAAAACGAAGGCGAAGAAGACAGAAAUCUUCCCGUGUGUGUGUGUGCGUGUAACCAAUUAGGCCAACAACAAAGCAAAAUCCAGCCAAGUUGGAAGGUAAAAUCUUCUCGGCGGUGAACAGCUUUCUCACUGCGUCGACCUUCGUCAAGGAUAUCCGGCAACUGAUUAUGACUCGACAAACCAACGACCCAAACAGCGCCGAGCAGCAACAACAGAGCGAACCCGAAUCGAACCAAAGCAGCACGCACCAGAGCAGCAGCCACAGCUACCAGCAGCCGUCGUCAACGCAGCACCGGUUGGCCGGAUCUCCGUCGAGCAGUGCCAACGCGAGUCCCGUGAUCGGCCGGAACAUGCCCCGCCACCAGCACCAGGACACCGCACCCAGUGACGAUGGGACCUCGAGCAGUCUGGACGGGAGUGUCUUUGCCGCCGACGGAACUCCGACCGCUUCGGGGGCGUUGGCCAGGACGCGCCGCUCGCAGACCUCGGAAUCGAUCACCUCCAGCAACUUUAACUACAGUUUGAACCGGAGGUUCAUCUCCAAAAACCAGAUGAAGGAGUUCCGGGAGGCGUUCCGGCUGUUUGACAAGGACAACGACGGGUCGAUCACGAAGGAGGAGCUGGGCACGGUGAUGCGAUCACUGGGGCAGUUUGCCCGUGUCGAGGAACUGCAGGAGAUGCUGCUGGAGAUUGACGUCGAUGGUGAUGGCAACGUCAGCUUCGAGGAGUUUGUCGACAUCAUGUCCAACAUGACCGACACGGUGGCGGAGGCAUCCGCCGACCAGGAGGAGCGCGAACUCCGGGAUGCGUUCCGCGUGUUUGACAAGCACAACCGGGGCUACAUCACGGCGUCGGAUCUGCGGGCGGUUCUGCAGUGUCUGGGAGAAGAUUUGGACGAGGAAGAAAUCGAAGACAUGAUCAAGGAGGUGGACGUCGACGGCGAUGGACGGAUCGACUUUUACGAGUUUGUGCACGCCCUCGGAGAGCCGGAAGAUUCACAGGAGAACGACGACGAGGAGGACCCCCUGUCACCUCCGUCACUGUCGUGUGACGUAAACGCCUAAACGUCAGCAUUCCUAAUUCGAAAAAGGGUUAAAUUUGAUAGAAGAGAAAAAAAACAGCAACAAACAAACGAUAUCACAUAUUUACUAUCUUGAGCAAAUAUUUCGCUUACUCGUAAUUGUAAUUCCUCUUGAAAGUUACAAACAAAAAAAAAUCAAACAACAUUUUGCUGAUACGAGAGAAUCAAUAUGAUAAAUUACCAAAACAAAUCUAAGAAACGGUAGUAUAGUGUAUGCAAACAUAUCAAAGUUAUCAACAGAAAAACCAAAUCGCUAACCAAUUUCGAACAGAAUCCGCAAAAUAAAAAACAAUGCAAUACACAUGAACUUAUCAGAAUUUUAAGCGAACCAAAUCCAGAACGAAACAUUCAUCAAAUCAAAAAAGUAAGAAAAAUAACUAAACCAUAAACUAAGAACAUUCAAUACCACUAUCAAUGUUGUGAACUUGAAAUUUUUAAAUUAUCGAUUUUUGCAAUCUUUAACUGUUUUUAAAAGUCAAAGUCAUACGCUAGUAGAACACACACACAUAGUGCGAGGGAAUGUAAUUUUUAGCUCGAGAAGGGAUUGGAGAAGAAAAGGAGUGAAACCAAGCAUUGCGGAGAAAAAAUUUAACAUCAACUUUUACAAACUCUUUAAUAUAUUGUUACAUAAGCGCCAGUGUACAAUCUUUAAACAUACCAUGUUGGAUAAUAAACAUUAAAACUAUGUAUUACUGUCAA